CGGGGCCAGGCAGGGCGCACACCCGGGGCUGCGGGGCAGCAGAGAGCGCCGACAGCGGAGCCGAGCGGAGCCCCCGAGCCGAGCAGAGCCCGAGCCUGAGCAGCCGCAGCCGCACCAGCAUCGCGCGUCCGCCGCAGCAUCGCCCUGCCUCGCCCGGCCGCCGACAUGCCCGUGACCGAGAAGGACCUGGCCGAGGACGCGCCGUGGAAGAAGAUCCAGCAGAACACGUUCACGCGCUGGUGCAACGAGCACCUCAAGUGCGUGAACAAGCGCAUCGGCAACCUGCAGACGGACCUGAGCGACGGGUUGCGGCUCAUCGCGCUGCUCGAGGUGCUCAGCCAGAAGCGCAUGUACCGCAAGUACCACCAGCGGCCUACCUUCCGCCAGAUGCAGCUGGAGAACGUGUCCGUGGCGCUCGAGUUCCUGGAGCUGGAGAGCAUCAAGCUCGUGUCCAUCGAUAGCAAAGCUAUCGUUGAUGGAAACUUGAAGCUCAUUCUGGGCCUGGUAUGGACCCUCAUUCUUCACUACUCAAUUUCUAUGCCUGUAUGGGAAGAUGAAGGAGAUGAUGAUGCCAAGAAACAAACUCCAAAGCAGAGGCUGCUGGGCUGGAUUCAGAACAAAAUCCCUUAUUUGCCCAUCACCAACUUUAACCAGAACUGGCAGGAUGGCAAAGCACUGGGAGCCCUCGUGGACAGCUGCGCCCCAGGUCUUUGCCCUGAUUGGGAAUCUUGGGAUCCUGCAAAGCCCGUGGACAAUGCCCGGGAAGCCAUGCAGCAGGCUGAUGACUGGUUGGGAGUCCCACAGGUUAUCACUCCUGAAGAAAUCAUCCAUCCCAAUGUGGACGAACAUUCCGUCAUGACUUACCUGUCCCAGUUCCCCAAAGCCAAACUCAAGCCGGGAGCCCCUCUCAAACCCAAACUCAAUCCGAAGAAGGCCCGGGCUUAUGGCCGAGGAAUUGAGCCCACUGGAAACAUGGUGAAGCAGCCGGCCAAAUUUACAGUGGACACUAUUAGUGCUGGACAAGGAGAUGUGAUGGUUUUUGUGGAAGAUCCCGAAGGAAACAAAGAGGAGGCACAAGUGACUCCGGACAGUGAUAAGAACAAGACUUAUUCUGUUGAAUAUCUUCCUAAGGUCACUGGACUUCACAAAGUCACAGUUCUCUUCGCUGGUCAACACAUCUCUAAGAGUCCAUUUGAGGUCAAUGUUGACAAGGCCCAGGGUGAUGCUAGCAAAGUGACAGCGAAAGGACCAGGCGUGGAAGCCACCGGCAAUAUUGCUAAUAAGGCAACUUACUUUGACAUCUUCACGGCAGGAGCUGGUGUGGGAGACAUUGAAGUUGAAGUGGAAGACCCUCAAGGGAAGAAAACAGUAGAAAUGGUCAUGGAAGACAAAGGGAACCAGGUCUACCGCUGUGCCUACAAACCCGUUCAGCCUGGUCCCCAUGUGGUCAAGGUCUCAUUUGCUGGAGAAUUUAUUCCCAAAAGCCCCUUUACCGUGAAUGUUGGUGAAGCCUGCAAUCCAAAUGCCUGUCGGGCCAGUGGUCGAGGCCUGCAGCCCAAAGGAGUGAGGAUCCGAGAGACGGCAGACUUUAAAGUGGACACCAAAUUGGCGGGAAGUGGGGAGCUCAGUGUGAUGGUGCGGGGGCCCAAGGGGCUGGAGGAGCUAGUGAAACAAAAGGGCUUCGUGAAUGGCGUUUAUGCUUUUGAGUACUAUCCAGGAACUCCUGGGAAAUAUGUCGUGGUGAUCACAUGGGGCGGACACAGCAUUCCAAAGAGUCCCUUUGAAGUCCAAGUGGGUCCCGAGGCAGGUGUCCAGAAAGUCAGAGCAUGGGGGCCUGGUCUUCAUGGAGGCAUUGCUGGGAGGUCAGCAGACUUUGUGGUGGAGUCCAUUGGCUCUGAAGUGGGAUCACUGGGAUUCGCUAUCGAAGGCCCAUCCCAGGCAAAGAUCGAAUAUGAUGACCAGAACGACGGGUCCUGCGAUGUGAAAUAUUGGCCCAAGGAGCCUGGGGAAUACGCCGUCCAUAUCAUGUGUGAUGACGAGGACAUCAAAGACAGUCCUUACAUGGCCUACAUACAGCCAGCCUCUGGAGACUUCAACCCAGACUUGGUUCAAGCCUAUGGUCCAGGAUUAGAGAAGACUGGUUGUAUUGUCAACAACUUGGCAGAAUUUACUGUUGAUCCUAAGGAUGCUGGGAAGGCACCCUUGAAGAUCUAUGCUCAGGAUGGAGAAGGCAAUCCCAUUGAGAUACAGAUGAAGAGCAAGAUGGAUGGGACCUACGCUUGUUGCUACACACCGCUGAAGCCAAUCAAACAUACAAUUUCCGUCGUGUGGGGAGGGGUGAAUGUCCCCAAAAGUCCAUAUAGGGUUGGUGUUGGUCAAGGGAGCCACCCUCAGAAGGUCAAAGUGUUUGGUCCGGGUGUGGAGAGAAGUGGUCUAAAAGCCAAUGAGCCCACUCACUUCACCGUAGACUGCACAGAGGCAGGGGAAGGUGAUGUCAGUGUUGGCAUUAAAUGUGAUGCUGGAGUUCUGAGUGUCGAUGAGGAAGAUGUGGACUUUGACAUCAUUCACAAUGCCAAUGAUACAUUUACAGUGAAAUAUGCACCCCCUGCUCCCGGCAGAUACACCAUCAAAGUUCUCUUUGCCUCCAAGGAAAUCCCUGCCAGUCCUUUCCGUGUCAGAGUUGAUCCUUCGCAUGAUGCCAGCAAAGUCAGAGCAGAGGGCCCCGGGCUCAGUAAGGCAGGGGUGGAAAAUGGAAAACCAACUCACUUCACCGUCUUCACCAAGGGGGCGGGGAAAGCGCCGCUAGAUGUUCAGUUCAUUGGCUCCCAGGCUGGGGCUGCUGUCCGGGAUCUGGAUAUCAUCGACAACUAUGACUAUUCCCACACCGUGAAAUACACACCGGUCCAACAGGGCAGCACACAAGUCCUGGUGACCUAUGGUGGAGACCCGAUUCCCAAAAGCCCUUUUGUGGUAGAGGUUGCUGCCCCUUUGGAUUUGAGCAAGAUAAAGCUGAAUGGGCUGGAGAACCGAGUGGAAGUUGGAAAGGACCAGGAGUUCAUGGUGGACACCAGAGGAGCCGGUGGGCAGGGCCAGUUGGAUGUGACCAUUUUAAGCCCUGCUCGACAGGUGGUGCCAUGCCUGGUGGCCCCGGUCCCAGGCAAGGGUUACAGCACAGCCAGAUACAUCCCCAAGGAGGAAGGCUUGUACGCUGUGGAUGUGAGCUAUGAUGGGAACCCCAUUCCGGGCAGUCCCUUCACUGUGGAAGCCUCCCUGCCCCCGGAUCCUUCGAAGGUGAAAGCUCAUGGCCCUGGACUUGAAGGUGGUUUUGUGGGCAAGCCUGCUGAGUUCAUGAUAGACACCAAAGGAGCUGGCACGGGGGGCUUGGGCCUGACGGUAGAAGGUCCAUGUGAAGCCAAAAUCGAGUGCUCGGACAAUGGGGACGGGACCUGUUCGGUCUCUUACCUUCCAACAAAACCUGGCGAGUACUUUGUCAACAUCCUCUUCGAAGAGGUCCACAUUCCCGGGUCUCCAUUUAAAGCAGACAUCGAAAUGCCCUUUGAUCCCUCCAAAGUUGUGGCCAGUGGCCCCGGGCUUGAACGUGGGAAAGUGGGAGAGGCUGGUGUCCUGAGUGUAGACUGUUCAGAGGCCGGGUAUGGGGUCUUGGGCAUGGAAGCCGUAUCUGAUGCUGGGGUCAAAGCGGAUGUCCACAUUCAGAAUAAUAAAGAUGGCACCUAUGCCGUGACCUAUGUGCCUCUCGCCGCGGGCAUGUAUACGCUGACCUUGAAUUAUGGAGGGGAGCAAGUGCCAACGUUCCCUGCCCGGGUCAAGGUGGAGCCGGCCGUAGAUACGAGCAAAGUCAGAGUCUACGGACCUGGAAUUGAAGGAAAAGAUGUGUUUCGGGAAGCCACGACCAACUUCAGAGUGGAUUCCCGCCUGCUGACGAAGGUUGGAGGGGAUCAUAUUAAAGCCACCAUUGCCAAUCCCUCUGGCGCCUUCACGGACUACCUCCUCAAAGACAAUGCCGAUGGGACUUAUGACAUUGAGUUCACCCCGUUUGAAAAAGGCCUCCACACAGUGGAAGUAACAUACGAUGAUGUGCCUGUGCCCAACAGCCCCUUCCGUGUGGCUGUCACUGAAGGCUGCCAUCCAUCUCGAGUGCAAGCCCAAGGCCCGGGGCUGAAGGAAGGAUUUACCAACAAGCCCAAUCCCUUCACUGUGAUUACCAGAGGAGCAGGAAUUGGGGGCCUUGGAAUAACGGUCGAGGGACCAUCCGAGUCGAAGAUAAGUUGCAAAGACAACAAAGAUGGCAGCUGUAGCGCAGAGUACGUCCCUUUUGUGCCGGGAGAUUAUGAUGUCAAUAUCACCUACGGAAAUGAGCAUGUGCCUGGCAGUCCGUUCAGGAUCCCCGUGAAAGAUACCGUCGACCCCAGCAAAGUCAAGCUCAUGGGCCCUGGCCUGGGGACUGGAGUCAGGGCCAAAGUGCCACAGUCCUUCACUGUGGACACUAGUCAGGCUGGCCUGGCUCCGCUGGAAGUGCUGGUGCUGGGACCCAGAGUGGACGAGAUGGACUCGCAGGCCCGGCGCAGCCCACUGAAAGCCACUUCAGAUUUCUUUAGAGGUGACCAGCAGGGUGAUUUUAAUGAGACAGGCCUGGUGGAGCCGGUGACUGUGAUGGACAACGGAGACGGCACGCACACCGUGACCUACACCCCGUCGCAGGAAGGACCUUACAUGCUGUCUGUCAAAUACGCUGACGAGGAUGUCCCUCACAGUCCUUUCAAGGUCAAGGUCCUCCCCACAUAUGAUGCCAGCAGAGUGACUGCGAGUGGCCCUGGCCUCAGUUCCUAUGGGGUUCCAGCCAGUUUGCCUGUGGAGUUUGCCGUUGAUGCCAAGAAAGCAGGCGUUGGACCCCUUGCUGUCCAGAUAACAGACCAAGAAGGAAAGCCCAAAAGAGUCAAUGUUCAUGACAACAAAGAUGGUACCUAUGCAGUGACCUACCUCCCUGACAAGACAGGCCGAUAUCUGAUUGGGGUCACUUAUGGCGGAGAUAACAUCCCAUCUUCUCCUUACCGAAUCAGGGCCACCCAGACUGGAGAUGCCAGCAAAUGCUUGGCCACAGGCCCUGGGAUUGCACCCACUGUCAAAACUGGGGAGGAAGUUGGCUUUGUGGUUGAUGCCAAGACUGCAGGGAAAGGGAAGGUGACCUGUACUGUCCUGACCCCUGAUGGCGCUGAAGUGGAAGCAGAGGUCAUCGAGAAUGAGGAUGGCACCUAUGACAUCUUCUACACGGCGGCAAAGCCUGGCACUUACGUCAUCUAUGUGCGCUUUGGGGGAGUGGAUAUUCCCAACAGCCCCUUUACCGUCAUGGCUACAGAUGAUGACGUUGCCGUAAUGAAGGAGGCGCCGGUAAAUGCACGUCCCCCUGGCUACAGCCCUUGGGUGACCGAAGAAGCCUAUGUCCCAGUCAGUGAUAUGAAUGGUCUGGGAUUUAAACCCUUUGACCUGGUCAUUCCCUUUGCCGUAAGGAAAGGAGAAGUAACUGGAGAAGUUCACAUGCCCUCUGGAAAGACGGCCACCCCUGAGAUUGUCGACAACAAAGAUGGCACUGUCACUGUUCGCUAUGCGCCCACUGAGGUUGGCCUGCACGAGAUGCACAUAAAGUACAUGGGGAACCACAUCCCUGAGAGCCCCUUGCAGUUCUACGUGAACUACCCAAACAGCGGCAGCGUGUCAGCGUACGGGCCGGGCCUGGUGUACGGAGUCGCCAACAAGACAGCCACCUUCACCAUCGUCACCGAGGACGCCGGAGAGGGUGGGCUGGACUUGGCCAUCGAGGGGCCUUCCAAGGCUGAGAUCAGCUGUAUUGACAACAAGGAUGGCACCUGCACCGUGACCUACCUGCCCACACUCCCCGGUGACUACAGCAUCCUGGUGAAAUACAAUGACAAGCACAUUCCUGGCAGCCCCUUCACAGCCAAGAUCACAGACAACAACAGGAGGUGUUCCCAAGUGAAGCUGGGCUCAGCUGCUGACUUCCUGCUGGACAUCAGUGAAACUGACCUGAGCGCACUGACCGCCAGCAUCAAAGCCCCGUCGGGCCGAGAUGAGCCCUGCCUCCUGAAGCGGCUCCCAAACAACCACAUUGGCAUUUCUUUCAUCCCCCGGGAAGUCGGGGAACACCUGGUCAGCAUUAAGAAAAAUGGUAGCCAUGUGGCCAACAGCCCAGUCUCUAUCAUGGUGGUUCAGUCUGAGAUUGGAGAUGCCCGGAGGGCUAAAGUCUCAGGCAGGGGCCUGACUGAAGGACGCACUUUUGAAAUGUCAGACUUCAUCGUUGACACAAGGGAUGCAGGUUAUGGUGGCAUCUCCCUGGCAGUGGAGGGACCAAGCAAGGUUGACAUCCAGACAGAAGACCUCGAAGAUGGAACCUGUAAGGUCUCCUACUUCCCUACGGUACCAGGGGUUUACAUUGUGUCCACCAAGUUUGCGGACGAACACGUCCCAGGGAGUCCCUUCACUGUGAAGAUCAGCGGAGAAGGCAGGGUCAAGGAAAGUAUCACGCGCGCAAGCCGGGCACCGUCGGUGGCGACCGUCGGUAGCAUCUGUGAUCUCAACCUGAAAAUCCCAGAAAUAGAUAGUGCAGACAUGUCGGCCCAUGUCACCAGUCCUUCUGGACGCAUGACCGAGGCGGAGAUUGUACCCAUGGGGAAGAGCUCCCACUGUGUCCGAUUUGUGCCCCAAGAGAUGGGGGUACACACGGUGAGCGUCAAAUACCGAGGGCAGCACGUGACGGGAAGCCCAUUCCAGUUCACAGUUGGGCCUCUCGGCGAAGGGGGUGCCCAGAAAGUCCGAGCCGGGGGCCCAGGCCUUGAGAGAGGAGAAGCUGGAGUACCAGCUGAAUUUAGCAUUUGGACCCGAGAAGCGGGGGCCGGGGGCCUCUCGAUUGCUGUGGAAGGACCAAGUAAAGCCGAACUCACCUUUGACGACCAUAAAAAUGGGUCAUGUGGUGUGUCUUACAUCGCUCAAGAGCCUGGUAACUACGAGGUAUCCAUCAAAUUCAACGAUGAGCACAUUCCAGAAAGCCCCUACUUGGUUCCCGUCAUCGCCCCUUCCGACGAUGCCCGCAGACUCACUGUUAUGAGCCUUCAGGAAUCUGGAUUAAAAGUUAACCAACCAGCAUCCUUCGCUAUAAGGUUGAAUGGGGCCAAAGGCAAGAUUGAUGCAAAAGUCCACAGCCCCUCUGGUGCAGUUGAAGAAUGCCACGUUUCUGAACUGGAGCCAGACAAGUAUGCAGUUCGUUUCAUUCCCCAUGAGAAUGGCAUUCACAUGAUCGAUGUCAAGUUCAAUGGCAGCCAUGUUGUUGGAAGCCCUUUUAAAGUGCGUGUUGGGGAUCCGGGACAAGCAGGAAACCCAGCUCUUGUCUCUGCAUAUGGAGCUGGCCUGGAAGGGGGCACCACAGGUGUCCAAUCAGAGUUUUUCAUCAAUACCACCAGAGCUGGCCCGGGAACACUGUCUGUUACAAUUGAAGGGCCAUCCAAGGUCAAAAUGGACUGCCAGGAGACUCCGGAAGGUUACAAAGUCAUGUAUACACCGAUGGCUCCAGGAAAUUAUCUGAUUGGUGUGAAAUAUGGUGGACCUAACCACAUUGUAGGCAGCCCUUUCAAGGCCAAAGUGACAGGCCAACGCCUCGUCAGCCUGGGCUCUGCCAAUGAGACAUCUUCCAUCCUGGUUGAAUCAGUGACCAGAUCCUCCACAGAAACCUGCUACAGUGCUGUUCCCAAAGCUUCUUCAGAUGCCAGCAAGGUGACCUCCAAGGGAGCAGGGCUCAUGAAAGCUUUCGUGGGCCAGAAGAGCAGCUUCCUGGUGGACUGCAGCAAAGCAGGUUCCAAUAUGUUACUGAUUGGUGUCCAUGGCCCCACCACACCUUGUGAAGAAGUGUCCAUGAAACACGUAGGAAACCAGCAAUAUAACGUGACUUAUGUUGUCAAGGAGAAGGGGGAUUAUGUUUUGGCUGUCAAGUGGGGUGAGGAGCACAUUCCUGGAAGUCCCUUCCAUAUCACAGUACCUUGAAGCAGGCCCUAACGAAAUACUUUAUUUGUAACGUUGAUUUUUAUACUGAGUUUAUGGGCCUUUCGUGGAAAUGAAAUGUAGUCUCUAAAUAUGCAGCUCAUACUUAAGUACAUCCAGAAGUAAAUGCUAAACUUUUUAUUCCUUUAGGAAACUUUUCAAAAUCUCAAAGCUUAGAAAUUUCAAAUGUCAUUAAUGUACAUCUCCGUACACUCAAUUGCAAUAAUACCUCUCAGUCUUGUCCUUCACAAACAACAUUUGAAGAGCAUGUGUGUAAUGGGCCUGCAUGCUGAUUUCACUGCAGACAUUCAAGGUCAUGGACAUGAACCAAAACUGGAACUUCUCUUUUAAAAAAAUGAGAUUGGGGACCCUGAAAACUACUGGUUUUGUCUUGGAUUGUUUUAGACCAUGCUUACCAAGGGAAAGGUGUUUUUGUUUUUGGUUUUUUUUUUUCCCUAAU